AUGGUUGAUAGCGAGACGAAUUCGCCCACGUGGAAGUUCACGCAGUGUUUUGGUGACAAGGGCGAUGUUGAGGACAUCACCGAAGCUGAUAUCAUCUCGACGGUUGAGUUCGACCAUACCGGAAACUAUCUCGCUACUGGCGACAAGGGAGGUAGAGUAGUGCUCUUCGAACGCAACGAGACGAAAAAAACCUGCGAGUACAAAUUUCACACCGAGUUUCAGUCGCAUGAGCCCGAAUUCGACUAUUUGAAGUCCCUUGAGAUCGAGGAAAAGAUCAACAAGAUAAAGUGGUGCAGGCGACAAAACGCUUCACACUAUCUGUUGUCUACCAACGACAAGACAAUCAAGCUAUGGAAGGUGUUCGAGAAGUCGCUCAAGGUUGUGGCGGAGAACAAUCUCUCUCACGAUGUAACUCCUGGGAGCAUUGCAGGUGGUGGCGGCGCUCCCAAGCCUUUACCGUCUCAUCAGUUUAAGAACGCCGCCGACCUAAAGCUGCCUCGGCUCACACAUCAUGACACAGUGGUUGCCGCCGUGCCACGCCGGACAUACGCCAACGCACAUGCCUAUCAUAUCAACAGCAUCUCGGUGAACAGCGACGGAGAGACCUUCAUUAGCAGCGAUGACUUGCGGAUUAACCUCUGGAACCUCAAUAUUCAGGACCAGAGCUUCAACAUCGUUGACAUCAAGCCUGCCAAUAUGGAGGAACUUACUGAAGUGAUCACAGCAGCCGAAUUCCACCCCAUGAGCUGCAACUGGUUCAUGUAUGCCAGCUCCAAGGGCACCAUCAAGCUUGCUGACAUGCGAGAGAGUGCUCUAUGCGACCAGCACGCGAAACGUUUGUGCACCCGAAUUGAAGAAGACCCCUCGUCGCGAUCCUUCUUUUCCGAAAUCAUCUCCUCUAUCUCCGAUGUCCGGUUCUCACAUGACGGUCGAUACAUCUUAUCUCGCGAUUACCUCACCGUAAAGAUUUGGGAUAUCAAUAUGGAGCGACAGCCUGUAAAGACGAUACCGAUCCACGAGCAUCUCCGGCCACGAUUGUGUGACACAUACGAGAACGAUAGUAUAUUCGACAAGUUUGAAGUUGUUUUCUCUGGUGAUGCGAAGAAUGUUAUGACGGGCAGUUAUAACAACAAUUUCAUGAUCUAUCCUUCAGACCCUGACAAGGAGGUCGAGGUGGUCCUUCAGGCGGACAAGUCGGCUUUCAAGGCGAAGAAGGUUGGUGUGCCCACGCCAAUCAACGCCUCGACAAGCCCAACAGCCACCAAUGGCAAGAAGGGUGGAUCUAGGGCUGGUAGUCCAGGCGGUCAGGGCCAGCGAAUGCGUAAGGAGACAGACGCGGACCAGAUCGAUUUCAACAAGAAGAUCCUGCACAUGAGUUGGCAUCCCUUCGAGGACAGUAUUGCGAUUGCAGCUACGAACAAUCCAAUCUCUGAGGCUCUCGAGCUGCCACGACCUCUGAUGCAGCAAUGUUCCAUCAUGCAGUACCUCCCUGCGAUGGAGGGUCUCUGGUUGAAUUUAAGUACGGUUUGGUCCAAUGAAAUCUUGGUGGAGAUGGCGACCGAAAUACCUUCCCACAUCCUCCGCAAGAGGACAGCAGCCUCAGACAUGACGGUCCUCGAGAACUCGAUCCGUCGUGACAGCGCCUCUCACGAGGCUCCUGUUAAUGACCUGGAGCAAGGAUCGAGGUCAUCUGUAGCGCAGAACAUUGCCAAUCUGGUGGCUCACGAGGUCGGACCUUCAUUGUUGACGGUUGGUGUCAUGUUAAGCUUGAUCUUUGGAGGAUGCUGUUCAAAUGUUUAUGCUCUUGAAGCUAUCGUCAACUUUGAACCAUCAAGUGGAACUCUGUUGACGUUUGUUCAAUUUCUCUUCGUCGCUGUAACGGGAUUCAUCGCUCAAUUUGAUAAGAACAGUCGUUUCUUCCUUACACCUAACAAGGUUCCCAUCAGCCGUUGGAUAUUCAACAUUGUUCUCUUCUUCACCAUCAAUGUCCUCAAUAACCACGCCUUCAGUUAUGAUAUUUCCGUUCCAGUUCAUAUCAUCCUUCGAUCUGGCGGAAGUAUCACAACUAUGGCGGCAGGCUAUCUAUAUGGCAAGAGGUAUUCUCAAAUGCAAGUUGUUGCCGUCGUCCUCUUGACACUCGGCGUCAUCUUGGCUGCGUGGUCGGAUGCUCAAGCCAAGGGUACAAGUGAAAGCAGUGGUCGUCCGGCCUUCAGCACUGGACUGGUGAUCCUCUUCGUGGCUCAGCUUCUUUCGGCCAUCAUGGGGCUUUACACGGAGGCAACAUACGCCAAAUACGGCCCUCAGUGGAAGGAGAACCUUUUCUACUCGCACGCCCUCUCUCUGCCGCUGUUCCUGCCUUUUGCUCCGUCAAUGGCACGUACUUUUGCUUAUCUUAUGACGAGCACCCCGUUACAACUACCAGGCGUUUUCGGCUUCGCGACCACUAAGUUCCAGAUUCCCAGUCAGAUCCUAUUCCUUAUUACCAAUGUUCUUACUCAAUAUGCUUGCAUCCGGGGAGUCAACCUUCUGGCCGCUGCAUCAACGGCUCUCACCGUCACCAUCAUCCUCAACAUCCGAAAGCUCGUCAGCCUACUUCUAAGCAUUUGGCUAUUUGGUAACAAGCUAGCUCCUGGUACACUCCUAGGUGCUAUUAUUGUUUUCAGUGCCGGCGGGCUAUACUCAGUGGGUUCGAGAAAGAAGACACCUGCGGAGAAGGGAGUUUCUGCCAGGGCCAACAAAGCAAGCUGA